GCUCGUGUUGUCAGUGGGCGAUGUUUCUGAUUGGUGUGUGCUUGUCAUGUGACUAUGGAGGACAGGGUCAGGCGGUGUAUGUAGUAGGAGGUGAUGGCACGUUGAGCUCCCUCUGCUUUCUUUUAGCUGCUCUCCGAACACCGGUUUCUUUCUAGUUGUAAGACCGCCGCAGGUGCCGAGUUGGGAGGGUACGGCAGCCAGGAAAGUCCCUGGCUUCUGGAGGAGGCUUAGGCCGCUGCCAGCUCAUCCAACAGAGCCUGACCCUAGGAUGAACAGGCAGGCCUGGCAUUGUCUGCACACAGCAGGCAGGAGGCCAUCUGUGCAUAAAAUCAUUUUUACAAGUAGCAGCCAGUUGUUGAACUAAAGUCGUCCUUUCUCAAGGAAUAUGAGAACUUUUGGAUGCUGACAGAAGAACGCCCAGGGGCACAAAUCAUAACUCCUAAGGCGUACAGAGGAUAGGAACAGAUGGAAAGCUGUUUGGGCUGCAUGGAGUCAAGCUAUGUCACUGCAUGCCGGUGUCCUUCCAUGCCAGAUGGGGUUUAUUGAACAGAUGACAAAUUUCUUUGGGAUAUGACUGUCAAGAUGCUGUCUGGUAACUCGCAAUCCCCGGAGGAGUCUAAAGCUCUCCUGUCUCAGGAGAAAUUGAAGGGUAAAAGUCCUUAUCAUGUUGGACCUCUCUUCCCGCAUCGGGCUGAGAGGAUUGUCAUCACCCGAAGCGAAAGUGUUCCAGAAGAGAAUGUACUGCAGAUCACCAUCACAGAAACGACCAUUAUCGAGUCUGACUUGGGAGUUUUCAACUCUAGAGCCCUAAUCUACCUCACAUUAUGGUUUUUCUUCAGCUUUUGUACUCUAUUCCUCAAUAAAUACAUCCUCACCUUAUUGGAGGGGGAGCCGAGCAUGUUAGGUGCUGUACAAAUGCUGAUGACCACUUUUAUUGGCUGCAUCAAGAUGUUCGUUCCUUGCUGUCUGUACCAGCACAAAGCACGAAUCAGUUAUCCUCCAAACUUCUUAAUGAUCAUGCUGUUUGUUGGUCUCAUGAGAUUUUCCACUGUGGUUCUAGGUCUUGUCAGCUUGAAGAAUGUGGCAGUGUCUUUUGCAGAAACAGUUAAAAGUUCAGCACCUAUCUUUACAGUUAUAAUGUCAAGGCUGAUAUUGGGAGAGUACACUGGAAUGAUGGUGAAUCUGUCCCUUCUGCCAGUGAUGGGUGGUCUUGCACUCUGCACUGCAACUGAAAUUAGUUUUAAUGUUCUUGGCUUCUCUGCAGCCUUAUCUACAAACAUCAUGGACUGUUUACAGAACGUCUUUUCAAAGAAGCUUCUCAGCGGAGAUAAGUACAAACUUUCACCCCCUGAGCUUCAGUUUUACACCAGUGCUGCUGCUGUAAUCCUGUUAAUCCCAACAUGGAUUUUUCUAAUGGAUGUACCACUGAUUGGGAAAAAUGCGAAGAAUUUUACCUACAGCUGGGACAUUAUUGUCUUACUACUUAUUGAUGGUGUCUUAUUCCACCUACAAAGUGUCACAGCAUAUGCCCUUAUGGGGAAGAUCUCUCCAGUAACGUUCAGUGUCGCCAGCACUGUGAAACACGCACUUUCAAUCUGGCUCAGUAUUAUUAUUUUCAGUAAUCGGAUUACCAGCCUUUCAGCCAUUGGGACUGUCCUGGUCAUAAUUGGUGUCAUGCUCUUCAACAAAGCCAAACAGCACCAGCGAGAAACUUUCCGCAUGAUGACUGUGCCAGCUAACCUGGAGGAUGCUGAGCCACUCAAGGGACAAGAGCAGAAAUCUCAUGGAAAGUAGAAUGAAUAUAACUUCAUUGCGGCCCCUAAAAUGAUGGAGACUAACUGCUUUCACUGUGUUACUGGGUUACCAGGAAGCUGUUCCCAGCAUGACCUGCUUAUCAGAUGCCCAGGAGAGAAGUGUUUUAAAGUGCUUGAAAAAUAGAAUAUAAGGGACCAUAACAUCUUGGAUUUAGGUAGAAAUUAUCAGGUUAAAUUGCUGUUGUACUUUUUAGUGCCAGGCACAUUUAUUUUAGGCAUUGGAGACAAUUUUUUCACUGUUUAACCGUUCUCUACAUCUGUUACUGAGCUCAUUUGCUGCUUGCCUUUUUACUGACACAGUGUAAAACGUUCAUGAUGGGAAAGAACCAGUACCAAGAGAUUAUAGCCUGCAAAAGGCAGGAAAGUGGUGCUCUGCCAUCCGACUACAUGCAUCAUAUUUGUAGUCCAUCCCCCCCUUCUAUGCAGUAGGGAAAUAAUAUGCCGACAUGAGGCAGCUAUAGAAAGUAAGCUUCAUUACAAUUUCUAAGGAUUUUAGCUGAUUUUGUAAGGGGGGGGGGGGGGAUACCACCUCCUACACUAUAUUGUCAAAACUAUUG